CCCUACAGCAGCCACAGGCAGCAUUGAAAGAAGAGGUAGCAUCAAACUUGAGCUUGCCAGUGUCAGUCUUUACAACAUUGGAAAUCUGCAGUCUUGAAUCUGUGCAUAGCGCUAAAUUAAAACAAAGGGUGUUUUUUUGCCAACUGCAACUUGGCAUAGGCAUACGACAUUUAUUUUAUCAUCCAUACCCCAAUACCCGGGGUUGCGACAGCAUAGCAAAAUCUCUGACAGGAAGUGCUAAGACAAACAAACCAUGGCGGAAAUUCAAGCCCGCCUUCAAAGUCUUUCUGAGGAAUUCACCAAGCUACAGCAGGAGUUGCAAAUUGCCGUACAGUCGCGGCAAAAGCUUGAGGCUCAGAAACAAGAGAACACAAAUGUGCAAAAAGAAUUUGAACGUCUUAAGGAUGGCGAGAACAUCUACAAACUAGUUGGCCCAGUAUUGUUAAAGCAAGAUAAAAUUGAGGCCGAGAGCACAGUCAACGGACGCUUGGAAUUUAUUAGCAAGGAGCUUGAGAGGACAGAAGACCAGAUCAAGGAGUUACAAGAGAAAAUCGAGAAGAAAAAGGGGGAGAUCAUCCAAGCCCAAGCAGGACUACAAGCGGGAGGUGGCGCACCAGGGAAAGUGGCAGCAAAGGGCUAAGAAAUCAUGAAAGAAUUCUAGUUCGCAAGAGAGUCAAAGAGUUAAGAUUCUCAUAAGGAGUGAAAUAAAUGAAAAUUAAAUAUGAGGGUUAAGCGGCUAUUAUGUUCAACUCUGGACGUGUUCAGAUAUGUUAUGGAUUUAAAAUUCCUCUAAGUGACAUACAAGGUUGACCUUUGAAUGUAGGUAUCACAUGAAUUAUCAAGCCACAAGAACA